UUGCUGGGGUUUGCGGCUCUCACCUUUGUGCUCUCUUUCUCUUCCAGGAGUAUCUUACCUUUGAGUAACUGCCCGCAAGUACCGUGCUGCAGGCACAUUGUUCCAGGGCCUCUGUGGUGCUCCGAUGCCCCUCACCCACUGUCGAAGAUCCCCGGUGGGCGAGGGGUUGGCAGGGAUCCUUCUCUUUCAGCUUUGAUAUAUAAGGAUGAGAAGCUCACUGUUAACCAAGAUCUUCCAGUGCAUGAUGGGAAACCACAUAUUGUCCACUUCCAGUACAAAGUUACGGAAGUAAAGGUCUCCUCUUGGGAUGCAGUGCUAUCCAAUCAGAGUCUUUUUGUGGAAAUCCCUGAUGGCUUAUUAGCUGACGGGAGCAAAGAAGGGUUAUUAGCGCUGUUAGAAUUUGCUGAAGAGAAAAUGAAAGCAAGUUAUGUCUUUAUUUGCUUUCGAAAAAGCAGAGAAGACAGAGCUCCGUUACUGAAGACAUUCAGUUUUCUGGGUUUUGAAAUUGUGAGGCCUGGUCAUCCUUGUGUCCCAUCGCGGCCAGAUGUGUUGUUCAUGGUCUACCCCCUGGAUCAGGUCUCUUCUUCUGAUGACAACGAUUAGACCUAGCGCAGCAUUUCAGUGGGGCCUGGACAUGCUUCGAGGACGAGCGGUGGGGGCUAAAAGGCCCCUGCUGAGGAAAGGGAAAACAAAAUUCUUCUGGACUGAAACUGCAUUUCUUAUUGUUAGAGUGACCUGUAUAUCUUCUGAGUUGACUUUUCCAUUGAAAUGUGUUACCUAGCGAAUAAUAUAAAACCUGCACAUGUAAUUGCACAAUAGUAAAUGGAAGGUGAAUGGAAGGCUCUGGGGCCUGCUCUUAAGCCUAUAGCAAAGUCACAUCCUGCCCAGCCACGUGGUGGCUACAGAGCCCGCAGACGAAGGCAGAGAGGGAGAAGCCUCAAAAUUACUUGUUACAUACAUGGCUGGGCUUAUCUAUUAGUUUGGAUAUUUGGCUUUCAUUUCAAAGGCAUAUUUAUAUGUUCACUCAGACUCUUAAGCAGGGGGAUGUUUUGAGUGUGGAAAUACGAGGAACAGUUGCUUUCCUGCUUCCUUUUUUCCUUUUUUGGCAAAUAGAUGAUGGCACCACUGGGUUAACCAAUACUCUGGGGUUCUGAGAGACUCUUGCCCUCUUGUCGGCUUUAUUAGCUUAGUAUUAACUCUACUGCAGCUUCAUUUAGGAGGAAGAGAGAAUGAAAGGAGGGUGCGGAGUUGGCCUCGCUUCUGAAGCGCCAUCCCUUUCAAAAGGAUUGGGGGCAGCCUUGUGUUCUGCCCUGGGAUCAGGUGGGGAAAUGGAGAAUCAAGUCAAAUCAAGCUCCCCCCCUUUUUUGAAGGUGGGGGGAAGACUGUCUGGCCCCACACGGAAGUCUGUGGAUUCCGGAAACACCUGGAUUCCAGAAACAUGGUAGGCAACUUGAUUUGACACUUAAUUAGACUUCAAUCUUAUGCGUCCUCACAAUGCGUCUGAAACUUUCCUUAAAAGUAGCUCAUGUAAUUGAGAUCUCAUGUCCUCAUCCUUCCUUCAAAUGCCCCCCUGGGAAUUAUUAGAUGAGUGCUAUCAUGCUUACCUUUCUUUUAAAACAGCCAGUUCCUUCAAACUUCAUUCACAAUAUACAAUUCUAAAAGCUCCUCUUGUCUAUUUACUUGUGUUACCCAAAGCACUUUUUGCUUCUCAGGCAUCUGUCUUGUGUAAAAUGGGAGCCAUCUGGCUAUAACAGAAGGGAAACCCUUAAAAAAACCAAGAUCCUAGGGGUGCAUGAUAAGCUGGCUCUUUGGAGGAAAUUCUUCUUAGUAUCCAGUUAUGGUCUGUGUCUUCAUUUGCCUCACUGCAUUUUAGGGCAGCCUAAGUUAUUUUCCAGCCUUCAGGGCCUGCUGGUUGGAAGGGAGUAUCUCAUAUCAUCAGAUCUUUGGCUGGUUUCUGUAUUGGGGUGGGGAACAACAUAAGACUGACUUAUCAUGGGGAUGAAAAAAAACUAUUUACACCCUCUCACAAUUUUUUGCUCCUAAAAUGCCAGAUCUCACAACUACAGGUUUUAAUAUUAUCCAUAACCUGAACAUUUAUUGGAGUAACCUAUUGAUAAUGGAAGGAAAAAUAGAUAAUAGGAUAGGUAGGCAAUGGAAAGGAAGAUACUCAAUAGGUUUGUCAUUUAGAGUUACCUGGCUGUUUGAUAAGCAAUUUAAUCUGCACUGUCCAGUUAAUGGAAAUCACCUUGUGACAGGAGAGCGUCAACAACUCACUGAGCCAAGAACUAUGCGCCAGUUGGACAGACCUGGUAAACUUGGCUUCUACAUUCACCACACUUUUUAUAAAGUUGAGUGGCAAGG